GUUGAGCGGGAGACUCGAACGAUUCACGCAAAUGUGGUUAAUAUCAGAAGUUGUCUUUUUUUAUUUUAUUUUUUUAAUCGUUGCUGGUAUUGAAUGACGCCCAUUUGAAUACAACAUAUCCACUUAUUUCAGUAUAUUGUUACACUGUUGCCAAUUAUCGUGUUCGGAACAUAUUUGUACCAAGACAGUGAAUAGUUGGGCCACGGCCGGCACAGGUCCGAUAUCAGAGGGUAAAAAGUGUUAUGAGCAAACAAAGAAAAAGAAAAUCAAUGAAGACUGAUCACCACCAACCGCAGCCAUGUGAUGUAUGGCUAACAACCAGGGGAAGAGAAAAGAUUGACCCAUCUGUGAAAAAGAAACCAAGGCUUCAUUUUGCAAGUGAUAUUGUCUUUACAAAAAUGCCUGCAUUUCAGCAGCCUACCAGACAAUCUAAAGUUUCAACAUUCUUUAAGUCGUGUGUGCCAAUAACAGGAAAAUGCACAAAGCAGGACGCAGAAGCAUAUUCAAAUUGUUCAUUUGAGACUACAGAGGGCAGUGUUUCUGAAGGUGAUGGUCAAGAUGUUGAAAAUGAUGAGGAGAGAGAACAAGAAGCGAUAUUAAAUCAUUUAAAUAACAAGUUUUCUGAUAAACAUGAUGAAUCCAAGAAUGCAGUAUCAAAUAUUCAUGGUAAAUAUACAUACAAGAAAAAUCAAGAACUCUAUAAAGAUUUUGAUGAGGACGUAGCAAGAUACAGCUCAUCUGAGGACCCUUCUUCAAAAAAUCUGCCAUGCUCUGAGGACCCCAUCUUGACAGAACUGGAUUUCACAGAAGACGAAGAAGGAUACAUGCGAAUCAGACAAGAUUUUGCGAUGACUAGAAAGGAGAAUGGAGUCUACAGUGAUUGUGUACAUGGGACAAAAGAUUCUUGUAAAGUUUACGAUGAGCAUCCUGAUUCUGAUAUCGAUAUAUCAUCCAUGCCCACGUUUACAGAGGACACGCAGGGAUAUCUGAGAAUAGUAAAAAAAUAA